AUGACCUACGUGGGUCUGAAGCAUACAUCAGCAGAAGUGAAGAGUCUCUAUGAAAGCGGAGCCUACUCUGACCUGAAAAUCGUAUGCGGUUCCGAUACGUACAACGUUCAUAAAGCCAUCAUCGGCCCUCAGUCAGACUUCUUUCGAGCAGCCUGUCGACCCAACGCGUUUCAAGAAGGCAAAACGGGGAUCAUUGAGCUUCCCGCCAGCGCCGGUCGUAAUCCUGACGCAAUGCAGCGUCCAGUCACUGCUGCUGAGUUCGAUUGGGAUCUGGAUGUCGAGGACACCGCUACUGUCAAACUCAUGGUUCAUUGUCUCUAUCACCAUGACUACCACGAGGAUGUCGUGUGUUUAAGCAACAACAGCUCUCGUGACGCCCAUCUUACCAAGGGUAUCCUAGCCGAACACGCGAAGAUGUACGCAAUGGGGGAGAAGUACGGCAUACCAAGGCUCAAGACUUUGGCACUGGCGAAGUACAAAGAAUGCUUCGACACAACGAACAGCGGACUCUGUACUGCUCUCGUCAUUGCUUUCAGUGGCAUCGCUGAACCCGAUCAUAACUUCCAAGAGAUGGUCACCCACGAUCUGUGGUCAUGGUCUUGCAUGUUCAAGAAUAAUUCCAUCAUCCAAGACGUCAUUCGUUCGACACCGGAGCUUUCUUAUGGGCUCUACGCGAAAUACUUGGAAGACGUGACUGGUGAUGGUGGUGACUGGUGGUGA